AUGACCGUCGUCUCCUUCACAGUCCUGCUCUGUCUGGGUGAGAUGUGGAGAUGGGGAGGGAUGCUGUGCUCUGGGAUUGAUGCUGCCCCACAGCCCAGCACGGGGCUGACUCUGGGCCUCAGGACCACAGUGCUGGCAGGAAACUUCCCUAAACCUAUCCUCAAAGCACAGCCAGACUCUGUGGUCCCAGAGCAGACUACAGUGACCUUCUUGUGUGAGGGGAUCACGGGAGCCCAAGAAUACCGUCUGUAUAGAAAUCGACAACAAUAUUUAAGGCACAUAGACAGACUACCAAAUCCUAAUAACAAGGCUGAAUUCUCAAUCUCAAAAGUAGACCUUAACAAAACAGGCCAAUAUGUCUGUCAAUAUUGGACCCAUGGUGGAUGGUCAGAGCACAGUGACUCACUGGAGCUGGUGGUGACAGGGGUCUACAGUAAACCCAGCCUGUCAGCCCAUCCCAGCCCUGUGGUGACUGAAGGAGGGGAAGUCACCCUCAAGUGUGUCUCAAGUCAACAAAGUUGCAAGUUCUUUCUGACUAACGAAGGACCACAGAAGGUCUUCUGGACACGGCAAUCAAAGUACAACUACUCUAUUCGGCGGUACCAGGCCCAACUCCUUGUGGAUGCUCUGACAUCAAGCCAAAGGUGGAGAUUCAGAUGCUACUGCUUUGAGAGUAACAGACCACUAGUGUGGUCAGAACCUAGUGACCCCCUGGAGCUCCUGGUCUCAGGGACCCUUCACAAACCCACCAUCAAGGCUGAGCCAGGCCCUGUAGUGACCUUAGGAAGCCCCAUGAACAUCUCGUGUCAGGGGACCCUGGAUGCAGAAAUGUGUUUUCUGCAUAAAGAGGGAAGCCAACAAACCUGGGGUACACAGACCCCAAAGGAGCCUGGGAACAAGUCCACAUUCUCCAUUCCUUCUGUGACAGAGGGCAUUGCGGGGCAAUAUCGCUGUUACUGCUACACCUCAGCUGGCUGGUCAGAGCCCAGUGACACCCUGGAACUGGUGGUGACAGGAAUCUCUGACAGUAAACUCAGUCUGUCAGCACUGUCCAGCCCUGUGGUGACCUCAGGAGGGAACAUGACUCUCCAGUGUGUCUCACGGGUGUUCUAUCACAAGUUCAUCCUCACCAAGGAAGAUCAGAAGUUUUCCAGCUCCCUGACCUCACAGUAUAUAAACAGUACUAUGCAGUACCAAGCCUUACUCUCUAUAGAUCAUGUAACAGCAGACCACUCAGGGACAUUCCGAUGCUAUGGUUACUACAAGCAAACCCCACAGCUGGUCUCAGGUCUGUCCAAGAAGCCCUCCCUGCUGAGUCACCAAGGCCAUAUCCUGGAACCUGGGAAGAGCCUCACCCUGCAGUGUGUCUCUGACAUCAACUAUGACAGAUUUGCUCUGUACAAGGUGGGGGAAGACAUCUUCACCAAGCGGUAUGGCCAGAGGACCCAGGCUGGCCUCUCCUUAGCCAACUUCACACUGGGCUAUGUGAGCCGCUCUACUGGAGGCCAAUACAGAUGCUAUGGUGCACACAAGCUCUCCAUCACAGGCAGCCUCUCAUUAUCUCUGCUCUCUUUAGGACAGUCUUUUGCCAGACUUUCCCUCUCAGUGAAGCCAAACUCAACUGUACAGUCUGGAGACAAUGUGACCCUGCUGUGUCAGUCAACAUUCAGAGCAUACAUUUUCAUUCUGUCCAAGGAGGGAGCAGCCCACCAACCCCAGCGGAUGAAAUCAAAGUUCCAAGAUGGGGAGUUCCAGGCAGAAUUCUCCAUGACUGCUGUGACCUCUGCCCUCUCAGGCACCUAUAGGUGCUACAGGUCUAGAGGCUCAUAUCCCUACCUGUUGUCACAUGCCAGUGCCCCUGUAGAGCUCUUUGUCUCAGCCUCAGAGAACAAGGAUUACACAGUGGAGAAUCUCAUCAGGAUGGGGAUUGCUGUCCUGGUCCUCAUAGUCCUUGGGAUUCUGGUCUUUGAGGCUUGGGGCAGCCAGAGCCAGACCGACCAUGCAGCUGAAACAUAA